CUCUGAAGAUGUCCAUGUUGAUCAAAGCCCAGAGCUCAGCAGCAGGCUGCAGGGGAGCUGAUCUGAGCUGCAGUCAUCGAGGAUCCACGCUCUCUCUGGCGACGGAGGCCGACAGUGUUCUCUCCGGAGGAGCAGAGUCGCAGAGGGCCGGAUCUGUGUGCUCGAUGGAGUCGUUCCCCAUGCUGAGCAGAGCGUCGAGCAGGAACAUGGAGAGGGACUGGGAGAACGGCUCCAUCGCCUCCUCCAUCACGUCAACGGAGUACAAUGGUCCUAAACUCUUCAAGGAGCCGAGCUCCAAGUCCAACAAGCCAAUCAUCAUCAACGCAAUCGCUCACUGCUGCCUGGCUGGGAAGGUUAAUGAGAUGCAGAAGAAUGUUAUUCUGGAGGAGCUGGAGAAGUGCGAGUCCAACCACCUGAUCAUCCUCUUCCGUGACGGCGGGUGCAUGUUCUCGUACACGCCGGAGACGGAGGAGAUCGUUCAAGGGGGGGUUAGAUGUUCUCAGAAAUGAAACACCUGCCAACUGAAUGUUUCUUGUUUUGUCUCGUUUAUUCUGCAUGUCACACGUUUGAUUCAUGGGUGCGUCCUAUGUUAACUAGCCGUAUUUACGACGGACUCUUACGUAGCAGUGACGCGGAGCUGGACCCUGAUUACCACUGGAUCUACUUACAGUAGCAGCUACUGUACGAUACCAAGUGCAACUACAACUUUCAGCUUGGCAAAGAAAUACCCUUCUGCUGUGAUCAGCUCCACAUACAGAGCCCCCAUUAUUCACCGGUAACUUCUACUGGUCAGUGCUUUUCUGAAGAGGGAACUAACUUUUGUAUGUCAGUGUGGAUGGAUGUUAGUGAGUGAUGAUGUCCAGUCUUGUUUUCUAUUUAGUGUGUUUGAGGAAGUGUGUGAGUCUUUGUGUUAGAGCAGAAUGCAUCCUGGGUGCGUCCCGCUCUGAAUGUGUUAUCUCACGCUCUUAAAUUAUGCUUUAAAACUGCAACGGAACUAUGGAGCAAAUUAACACCACGUUUUAUUUUUCUUUGGGAGCUGCUGUUACAGAAAUUAUGUUUUUACAGAAGGGGAAAUUGUGCUAGUAUUCCAAACAGGAAGCGCUUUUCAGACUCCAUUACACCUUUUCUGCAGAAGCCCUGAGAAGCAAGAGAGGAUUUAUUUAUCUAAGUCUGAUUGAAAUUGUUUUUAUUGUGUUUAUGACUUAAGAACAGAUGAACAAGUUUUACCGGAUUAAUCUGUAUAAAUUACUUUUUUUUUAAUACAACAAACACUAAUAAAAAAAAUAAAAAACCCUGAAAACUUUUUUUCACCUAUUUUAAC